GGGUACGCGCUGGCUGCGUCGGCGUGCUGACGCCAUGACGCCCCGGCCGGUGUGUUUCGGUGUGUGUGUGUAUGUGUGAGUGUGCGCGCUCCGAGUGUGUGUGUGUGUAUUUGUGUAUCGGCGGUCCCGCAGGUCCCGGAUGUUGCGGACAGUAUGAGGCGAGCGCAGGGGUACGGGGACCAGCAGCUGUCGCCGCCGCUCUCAGAGAUUUCCUGUUAGACAAGACAAAUUAGAGUCUUCCUACUGACUUGGGUGAAGAGAGAACAGAAGUCUUUGUCCCCUGACUUUGGAAAUCUUGUUUAACCUUCAAACUGGCGAUGUCAAGGGUUCCAAGUCCUCCACCUCCGGCAGAAAUGUCGAGUGGUCCUGUAGCUGAGAGUUGGUGCUACACACAGAUCAAGGUAGUGAAAUUCUCCUACAUGUGGACCAUCAAUAACUUUAGCUUUUGCCGGGAGGAAAUGGGUGAAGUCAUUAAAAGUUCAACCUUUUCGUCAGGAGCCAAUGAUAAACUGAAAUGGUGUUUGCGGGUAAACCCAAAAGGGCUAGAUGAAGAAAGCAAAGAUUACCUGUCACUUUACCUGUUACUGGUCAGCUGUCCAAAGAGUGAAGUUCGAGCAAAAUUCAAAUUCUCUAUCCUGAAUGCCAAGGGAGAAGAAACCAAAGCUAUGGAGAGUCAACGGGCAUAUAGAUUUGUGCAAGGCAAAGACUGGGGAUUCAAGAAAUUCAUCCGUAGAGAUUUUCUCUUAGAUGAGGCCAACGGGCUUCUCCCUGAUGACAAGCUUACCCUCUUCUGUGAGGUGAGUGUGGUGCAAGAUUCCGUCAACAUUUCUGGCCAGAAUACCAUGAAUAUGGUGAAGGUUCCUGAGUGCCGAUUGGCAGAUGAGUUAGGAGGACUGUGGGAGAAUUCCCGGUUCACAGACUGUUGUUUGUGUGUUGCUGGUCAGGAAUUCCAGGCUCACAAAGCUAUCUUAGCAGCUCGUUCCCCAGUUUUUAGUGCCAUGUUUGAACAUGAAAUGGAAGAGAGCAAAAAGAAUCGGGUUGAAAUCAAUGAUGUGGAGCCUGAAGUUUUUAAGGAAAUGAUGUGCUUCAUUUAUACGGGGAAGGCUCCGAACCUCGACAAAAUGGCUGAUGAUUUGCUGGCAGCUGCCGACAAGUCAUGCUUCAGAUGUCUUGGAGACCUCGGGGUGGAAGUCGAUGGUGGUGUCGCACCCCCACUUGGUGGCGGAGGCAUACCGCUCUCUGGCCUCGGCACAGUGCCCGUUUCUGGGACCCCCGCGCAAGCGCCUGAAGCAGUCCUAAGGUCCUGCCUGUUUUAAGACUCCGUUCGUUUUCCAGAAGCAGCAGCCACCGUUGCUGCACUGACCACCAGGUAGACAGCGCAAUCUGUGGAGCUUUUACUCUGUUGUGGGGGGAAAAGACUGCAUUGUAGCCCCAGACUUUUAAAACAGCACUAAAUAAACUUGGGGGAAAUGGGGGUGGGGGAAGGGAAGGGGCCGGGACUCGGGGCUGUUCAACCUAAUGAAAACCCUGUUGCUGCGUCACUGUGUUCCCCUGGCCUGGCCGAGUUUGAUACUGUGGGGAUUCAGCUUAGGCGCUGGCCUUGAGGACAUCCCCGCGGUGGUACUUUGGAGAAACCUGUCUGCAUCUGACUGAGCAGAACAAAUCAUCAGGUGCCUGGAGCAAAAAGAAAAUUUAAAAAGGACAUUUAGUUUUAAGAGAAGGGAAAAGGAAAGAAGAAAGGAUUUUUGCAGAAUUUCCCAAAAAUCAAUUUGUGGAUUCCAGUACCAGUAGUAUUUAUGUUGAGAGAAAUUUUAGUCCAUCCAACUGUGCUAAAACUUGGAUAUUUGUGAAAACUCCUCACCACCAUGCAAGUAUCAGAAGAGCUCUCUUGUUAGCACUUAUUGUUUGCAAGAACAGCAGACGUCCUGUUAUCCUUUUAUGAAAAAUGACAAGCGGAGGUGAAAGGGGAAGGAGGUUAUUUGAUCCAGAAGAUGAAUAUUCUGAUGUGGUCGCUUUUGCAAAAAAAAUCUUUAUUGGUGUUGAAAACUGGAAAAAAUAAUUCAUCCAGAAUUCAUACUGUCUUGACAAGAACUAUGGUUCUCUGUUUUUAGAUAUUGUGGAAAAUGUUUUUUGGCAUUUUUCUCUGAUUUUAUUUCUUCUCCCCCCACCCUUUUCUAAAAAAAAACAAAACAAAACACACACACACACACACACACACACAAACAAAAACAGCAAAAAGAAGAGAAAAGGAAAUUUUAUUAAUGCUGUAUGAAAAAACUCCCAGCCCAGAUUGCUCAGCUGUCCGUACCUGACUUGCCGCCUGCAAAGGAGCCAGUCCUGUUCCUUCCAAUUUGCCCCCUUCCUGCAGGGGAGAACUUCCAAAUGUUAAUUUUUUUUCUUUUUGAAAAUAUAAAUAAUUACUAUUUUGUA